AUGACGAAGAUAAACAUAUUAGCUAUCAAUGCUGGAAGUUCAAGUUUGAAAUAUAAAUUAUUUCUCUUUGAUAAAUCAAAAGAUGAAAUAAAUUUAGUAUCAAAAGGAUCAAUAACUGAAAUAACAUCACCAACUUCUUCACAAUUUACCGCAAAAAUCAUAUCAUCUAAUACAAAAAUUUCAAAAUCAUUAAAUAUUCAAACACAUGAAAAAGCAUUUUCUCAUAUUUUAUCUUAUUUACUUGAUACUAUAAUAAAUUCAAAAGAACAAAUAAAAUAUAUUGUUCAUAGAAUCGUUCAUGGUACAACAGAAUCUCAACCAAUAAUUUUAAAAUCUGAUUCAUCACCUUCAAAAGAACUUUCUAAACUUGAUUCACUUUCAGAAUUGGCUCCAUUACAUAAUCAUUCUAGUGUAUUGAUAUUAAAAUCUUGUUUAAAAGAAUUAUCAAAUUCAAUAAAUUAUGCAUUUUUUGAUACUUUAUUUCAUCAAUCCAUAAAACCUCAUAUUUAUACUUAUGCUUUACCUUAUGAUGAAGCUAAACAGAAAAGAAUUAGAAAAUAUGGUUUUCACGGUUUAAGUUAUUCCUAUGUUUCUAAAGUUGCUGCCAAACAUAUGGGAAUUGAUCUGAACGAUGAUAAUUCAAAAUUUAUUUGUUUACAUCUGGGAAGUGGAGCUAGUAUGUGUGCUAUUAGAGGUGGUAAAAGCGUAGACACUACUAUGGGUUUAACUCCUUUGGAAGGAUUACCAGGAGGCACGCGAUCUGGUUUAAUUGAUCCAUGUGCGAUAUUUCAUUUUUCAUCAAAAGCACGCAAGGGUGAUGAAUCUCAUCAUCCAGUAGAUAAACAAUUUCAUUUAACAGAAGCAGAAUCCAUUUUAAAUCAUAAUUCAGGAUUUAAAGGUCUUUGUGGUACUUCGGAUUUUAGUGAAAUUGUAAAACAAAUUCAAGAUACUACAAAUGGAAGUGAAAACUCCAAUUCUUCUAUUAAUAAAGAAAGAGCAAAAUUAACUUUUGAUAUUUUUAUUAAUCGUAUUGUAAAUUAUAUUGGAAGUUAUUUUGUAACAUUAGAAGGUAAUGUGAGUGCAUUAAUAUUUACUGGUGGAAUUGGAGAAAAUAAUAAAGAAUUACGCGAAGCUGUUGCCGAGAAAAUUAAAUGUUUAGGAUUUAAGAGUGUUGAUAAAGAAAGGAAUAAAAGUGUUGAAGAAUUGUUUAAGAGCGGAAAAGAUGUUGUGGAUAUUUCUAGUGGGUCAACUGAAAAUUUUAGAUUGUUGGUAAUCGAAACUGAUGAGGAAAAAGAAAUGGUUAAUCAGUUAAUCUCGAAAAUUUGA